AAUUAUGGCAAACAAAAUAGGGAUUUUUUCUCGUUUUUUGUUAGAUUUAUAUUUUAUUUUUGUACGUUUUUUUUGUAACAAACCUUAAAGCGACCCACACAAAAAAAACAGGCACGAAGAGAACUGCGGCUUGAGGCGAACCAAGCAAAAUGGCAAUGCGGGUUUCCCAGCGAUCCAACCAAUGACGACGACGUCAAAUAAUUUGAGUGCCGCCCAAGAAAGAAGACAACAAUCACGAGACACUCGCGUCAAAAACUGACUGGCAACAACAAUUACAGGUGUUAAUACUAGAGGCGUGCGAGCGAGCGCGCGAGAGAGAGACAAAGGCAAUUUGGGAGAGCAAAGCUCGCUCGCUCAAGAGAGCGAAUGUGAAUAUAAAAACGAAUGCAGCAACAAAGUUCGAGUCAUUCGCGCAAAGGAAGCUGCAACGAGCACAACGUGGAUACACAUACAUACACACACACAUAAAAACAUAUUAACGGAUUAAAGUGUAAAGUGAGAAAGCAAGAAGAAGAGUGUUAUAGCAUAAAAAGGAAUUGACAAAGAAACAUACUAGUGUUAAAGCGUCAGCAAAAAGUGUUAAUCAAUUUGUCAAGUGUUAAAGCAAUAGAAAUAAAAAAGAAUUGCCAUAAUGAAUGUUGAAGAGUUUCGUAAAUACGGCAAGGAAGUUAUCGAUUACAUAUGCGAAUAUGGCAGCAAUAUCGAGGAACGCGAUGUGGCGCCCACGCUAAAUCCCGGAUAUUUGAAAAAGCUAUUGCCAGCGGACGCGCCCCAAUCGCCCGAAUCAUUCAAAGAUGUGCUCGAGGACUUUGAGCAAAAGAUCAUGCCAGGCGUUGUCCACUGGAAUCAUCCGAAAUUCUUCGCCUACUUCCCAUCGGGCAACUCAUUUCCCUCCGUUCUCGGCGAUAUGCUGAGCAGUGCCAUCGGCUCCAUUGGCUUCAGCUGGGCCAGUUGCCCGGCUGCCGCCGAACUCGAAACGAUUGUGAUGAACUGGUAUGCCAAAGCAUUGGGUCUGCCCAAGGCCUUCAUCUCAGACGCACCCGGCAGCACUGGCGGCGGUGCUCUACAGGGUUCCGCCUCCGAGUGCGCCCUCGUCUCACUGAUCACGGCACGUGCUCGUGCCAUCAACGAGCUGAAGGGUCAGACAACCGUCCAUGACAGCGUCUUUUUGCCCAAUCUCAUUGCGUACGCCAGUCGCGAGGCGCACUCCAGCAUCGAGAAGGCCACCAAAAUGGCGCUGGUCAAGCUGCGCAUCAUCGAUGCCGAUGAGCGUGGCAGGAUGCGUGUGGAUCUGCUGGAGCAGGCCAUCAAGAACGAUGUGAAUGCCGGACUGACGCCAUUCUUUGUGGUCGCCACCGUGGGCACCACGGGCGGUUGUGCCUUCGAUGACAUCUCUGCCAUUGGCAAGGUGUGUCGUCAGGUGUCCAGCAUUUGGCUGCACGUCGAUGGCGCCUAUGCGGGCAACUCUUUCAUUUUGCCCGAGAUGCGUGUCUUCUCCGCAGGCUUGGAAUAUGCCGAUUCCUUCAAUACGAAUCCCAAUAAACUCCUGUUGACCAACUUUGAUGCAUCCGCUUUAUGGGUGCGCGAUGUGAUGACACUGAAGAGUGCACUCAAUGUGAAUCCCCUGUACCUGAGACACGAGCACUUGAAUGGCGUCGACUACAGACACUACGGCAUCCCGUUGAGUCGUCGUUUCCGCGCCCUCAAACUGUGGUUUGUCUUCCGCACAUAUGGCGUCAAGGGACUGCAGGAGUACAUUCGCAAUCACAUGGUGCUGGCCAAGAAGUUCGAGAUGUUGGUGCGCAAGGACGAACGCUUCGAGGUGCGCAACGAUGUGCAUCUGGGAUUAGUGUGCUUCCGCAUGCGCACUGGCGAUGAACCCAAUCAUCUGCUGUUAGCCCAGAUCAAUCACUCGGGCAAGAUGCACAUGACACCAGCCAAGUUCAAUGGACGCUAUGUGAUCCGCUUCUGUGUCACCUACGAGCAUGCCACCGAGAAGGACAUUCUGGAUGCCUGGUGUCAGAUCAAAGGCUUUGCCGAGGAGAUUCUCCGUGAUGCACAAUUGGAGAGCAGCUCGGCACCGGCGACACCGGAAACAGAACGCACAAGUUCCGAGCCAAUGCCAGUGGCUGGCAAGCCACCAAUCAAGAAGAAGCUUACCCGCACCAAAUCUCUGCGCUUCUCGUUCACACGCAGCAUAUCGAGGGAACAAUUCCAGAGUCAGAGCGAGCACCUUAUGGAUGGAUGUACGCCCAUUUUGGUGGUGGAUCCCAAGACGAUUCAACAGAACUUUCAGCAGGCAACAGAAAAUAAUGAAAACAACAACAACAGCAAUAAUAAUAAUAAUAACAACAACACUACGAAACUAAAGGACAUUUCGGAUGUUGAUACGGAUGAGGCGAGCAAUUGAAAUAAGAAUGGGAAUGGGGGAUUCCCCGUGUAGAUAGUAUUACCGAUAUUUUAGUUUCGAGCUGAAAUGAGGCCUGUACCUAAAAAAAAGAAAUCUGAUGAUUUUAAUGCUGCUCGUACCCGAGUAUUAACAUAAACAUACAUAUACUGUAUGUAAUUUGUAUUAAUUUUUAAGUUGCGCUGCUGAAUUUCAUUUAAUUUAUUGUUGGGUUCCUAAUUACCACACCACACCUACAAUCAACAAGUUCAUUUUGUAUGCAUUGUAUGUUUAGUCCAAGCUCAUGAACAAAAACCACUUAUUUAUAAACAUAAACAUUUACUUAGCAUUUGAUAUGCACAUUUUUAAAUAUACACCAAAAACAAAAACAAUGCCGACUGUU